AUGGAGUACCCGGCGCCGUCGUCCGCCGCACCUGACCCUCCCCUUCACCCUCCUCCUUCCAUGCUCCCGCACCCGCAACCGCCGGAGGAGGAGGGGGACGGCUGGGUGCUCGUGCCGGCCAGCGAGGUCGAGGGGGCCCACGCGCCCAAGGUCAUCCACUGGGACGACCUGCAGCAGGAACUCGCGCGCCUCUGGAGCCUCUCCGCCGCGCUCCAGCCCGCCGGGGAUCGCAAGGCGCACCUCGCUGCGCGCCUCGAGUCCGCGCUACAGGUUCGCCAGGAAUUUCUCGAGCAAGACAAUGAGUUGGCUGAAAUGAGGCAGAGACUGCAAGGGCAUACUGAUCGUCUGGGGGAUCUGAAGCUGCGCACGAAGAAAUUGUCGGAGGAUGUUGUGGAUCACAGGGAACAGCUUUGUGUCAAGAUCAGAACGUUGUCAGUGGCAAGCAAGGCUCUUGACGCUGCCCACGGUAAUCUGAAGGAAGCUAAUAAAUUGCUGUCAGGGGAAAAUGGUUGUGGACACCUUAAAAAUCUGGAACAGAAGUUACGGAUGAGACAGCAAUAUAUGAUUGCGCAAGUUGCUCAGAUAUAUCCUGUGAGCCCUUUGGAUGAACAAUCUCCAGAUCACAAGCCUGGAUUUACCUCCAACAUAACCAAAACAAGAAAUGCUGAAUCAGGGUUGCCAAAUGGGUCCCAAAACAGACCUUUGGUCAUAUUGGGUCUACAGUUAUCAAAGCUUUCUGUGAAAAAGACUGGCUACUUUAGUGACAAGACAGGUGCUCAGAAAUCUUCUACUGUUCUGGGAUAUGCUGCUCAUGCAGUCUCCCUCAUUGCAUCGUAUCUCAAUGUUCCUCUUCGAUAUCCUUUGCGCUUUGGAGGUUCACGGUCAUAUGUUCUUGUUCCUGCUCCUUCAGUUGAGCCAUCAUCUAUAACCUCAGUAGCAACUUCUGUCCCUCCUAGCACAAGCAUGAGAACAAUGGAAUUCCCUCUGUUUCUUGACAGCCAGGAGACAACAAGAUCAGCAUAUGCGAUAUUCUUGUUGAACAAGGAUAUCGAGCAACUUCUGAAUUACAUUGGCGCUGAAAGCCUCGGGCCAAGACAUGUAUUAGCAAACCUGAGGCAGCUGACAAGGAUCAUCCAGUCACAAGAAUACACUUCUGUUGAUUAG